AUGAAACUCAUAAUAUUUUUGUUUCUGCUGAAGCAAUCAUUUAUAUAUACCUUGGCAGUCUACAACACGUUAGCUUAUAAAAAGAUUGUUUCGCCUGGGGAGCAAUUGAAUCUAACUUAUUUCGGGUUUGAUAUCGCUUACGUUGCUACAACAAGAAGUUUAAUAGUUACCGCUCCGAUAGCAGAUAAUAUAGGGCAAGUUUACGUUUGCCAAAUCGACAACUUACACUGCAAGCCAAUUGAAAGGAAUAUCGUAAGAGACAAUAGUAAAUACGAUCAUAACUACUGGCUCGGAGCGACUGUGGAAGCUGGGUCAUCAUUUUUCGUGACCUGCGCUCCACUGCUGGUCAAACAUAGCGAAAAUGGUGUUGGAACGACGGGAGGGUGCUUCAUUUCGAAAGACAAUCUUUCAAUUGAACAAUUUGUCCUCGAUCAGAAUGGCUCCCCAAAAAAUACAACAUUCGAAUCUCGAUUAUCUUCCUUCGGUUGGAGUCUGACUAUCAGCGACCAGGAAUCUAUUGUUGUUGGAGGACCUGCUAUGUAUACUGGUCGCACUUUACUGUACAUGAAGCCGGAAGCUUCUAAUUCACCGUAUGUUGCGGCAGGCAUCGACAACGAUGUGGACUUCAAUUUUGGGUAUAGUGUGACGUCAGGAUAUUUCGCAACAUCUAAAUUGCUAAUGUACGCAGUGGGUAGCCCAUACGGUUUCGGAAAGGUUUUAUUUUUCGGACAACAGUGGAGGUUGUUUAAGCAACUUAAGUUCAAACAACCGAAGACGAAUGUCGGGGAGAUGUUUGGCGCUAGUUUGUGCUCGGCUCGUAUCUUCGGACAACGAUCAGACUUGUUAGUCGGAGCUCCGGGACGAGCGAGCGACAAGGAAUACAACGUAGGCGCUGUCUACGUUUUUGUUGCAAACAAGCUAAUGGCUCUAAACUAUAAAAGGAUUAUUACGGGCCGAAAGGAAGGUUCGAUGUUUGGCAGCGCUAUUAUCAAUGUUGGAGAUUUAAACGGAGACAAGAAAGAUGAUAUAGCAAUAGCAGCGCCAUUUGAAAAUGAUGGUAGAGGGGUAGUCUACAUCUACUGUGGCGCUGAAAUUCUGGGUCUCAAAGAACCCAAAAAGCCUUUUAACUUCUUGCAAAUGAUAGAAUCCGAAGAUUAUUACUAUGGCUUCGGCUUGGGACUAGGCAUUUUGAACGACUAUGACCAAAACGGAUGCAAUGAAUUAGCCAUCGGAAGUCCGUUGAAUAACACCGUGUUUAUACUGCCAUGUUUUGCCUAUAUCACCGUUGAAUUGUAUACCGAGUAUCCAGAUCUACAGAAUCGAGAAAUUAUAAACGCAGUGGCACAAAAUGAUGUGAACGAAACACACUUUCGUUUUGACACCUGCCUGCGUGUAACGUUUCCGAAAAAGCCUACCAAAGCAUAUGCCGAACUAGAAGUGGAAAUCGAAAUAUCGGGCGACACUAAAGCAUCCCUAAGUGACCCAAAUUCAGAUAAAAAAUACAUAGUGAAAAUCGAGAAAACGACUAAACAAUCUGUUGAACAAUUCUGCAAGAAGAUUGGUGUCUAUCUGCCAACGGACGGACAUUACGAUUCACCGAUAAAAUUCAAGAUUAUUGCGAAGCAAAUAAAUGAUCCACAACUACAAUCAAAUCCGGACCCAUCCCACGUUGUCGUCAAUGAAAACAGUAUUUUAUCUCUACGACAUGACAUCUGGGCAGCGCAAUGUAAAAAUAAAAUGUCGUGUUUGCCUGACAUUCAUUUGGAUAUAACGAACCUAUUUCCAGAGCCGUAUCUGCUUGGCUCGUCGGAGACGGAGGACAUAAAGAUGGAGGUAACAAACCACGGCGAGGUGGCUUACAGCGCUUGCCUUAAAGUGAACGUCGUCAACGCGGCCAUUGUGCGAGCCUCUGCUCUCAGCUGCACCAUUGGUGACCAAGAGAAUACUCUUACAUGCAUUUCACAGAAACCAAUACAUAAAAAUGAUACAUGGGACAUUGGUCAUAUAUCAUUGAAAAUGACGGACGCCACAAACAAAGACGAAUUCAUAACACUUAAAGUAAGAGUCUAUAACAACUGCAAGACUCCUAAGAUAUUUACGCUGAUUGAAAAACAAUAUAAACUGACGAGAGAUCUUAAUGAUAUAGAAAUUAUAGGAAGAACUAAUCUAGGAAGCGUCAUAAACACAACAGUAGAAGAAAUAAAGUUUGAGAAGAAAAUCUUAGAACAUAUUUACACAAUUAGCAACAAAGUGGCGAACCCGUGGCUUGGAGGUCCAAAGUUCAAAAUCACCUCCAUGACACCCCAUUUUCUGCACUAUACCAAAUCACCUGUCACAGCCCAAACUGAAAGCGGACAUUAUCUCAGCUGUAGUGCAAUAGCAACCACGGAGAAAGACAUGACGACGAUUUGCUCCGCGGAACAGCUCUUGAAGGAAGAUCCAAUUCAUGUAAUUCUUCAAAUGUAUAUCGAUUCUUCUACGGCAGAUGAUCUUGGAGCGCUUCGUAAUAUAUCCAUGGAGUCAAAAAUUGAAAUAUUUCCGGAUGGUUUAUGGAAUGGGCCAUUUUCGAAUAUAAGUUUAUCGCAGAGUGUUGUGACUACUAUUAUUAUCGAGAGAACAACGGUAGCCCUCUGGAUCAUAAUUGUGGCAUCCCUGUUCGGUCUACUGCUUCUCAGCAUCAUAUACUGCAUUGUCGUCAAACGAACAAAUUUUAUGCGCAGAAAGAAUAAACAAAAGACUAAUGAACUAAGAAAAAGUAUCAGGAGGCAAACUAUAAGACGCUCAAUGAUGGCCCAGUCUGUAUACGACAGAGUUCCCGAAGAAGAACAACCUUCCAGCGACCUUCAAGAAAAUGCCCAGCGUUGUGAAACGUAGUUACUUACGAAUAAAACAAGCAAUAAAAUAAAAAUAAACAAAA